CUGCCGGCGGCGCUCCUCCUUCGAGCGGGCAAUAUGGUGGCGGAGGCGGCGCGGGGGGAGCCGUGAGCCCGAGCCGGUGCCCAUUUCCACGCCUUUCUCCCUCCCUUCCUCCUUGCCGUCGUCGUCGGCCGCUGCUUCUCCGCCCGCCUGACGGGUUUUCCCGGCGCGGCGGGCGAUGCGGAGAGCAGGGCUGCCGGGCUGAGUGUGAGCGCGCUGCCCAUGUGGGUGUCCCGGUGAGGCCGGGGGGGGGGGCAGCGGGAAGAUGCUGCUGUCGCUGGUGCUGCACACCUACUCCAUGCGCUACGUGCUGCCCGCCGCCGUCAUGAUGGGCACGGCGCCCACCUACGUGCUGGCCUGGGGCGCCUGGCGCCUGCUCUCCGCCGUGCUGCCCGCCCGCUUCUACCGCGAGGUGGACGACCGCCUCUACACUAUCUACCAGAGCAUGGUGCUCUUCUUCUUCGAGAACUACACGGGCGUGCAGGUAAUAAUCUACGGGGAUUUGCCAAAAAAUAAAGAAAAUGUAAUAUAUUUAUCAAAUCAUCAGUGUACAGUUGACUGGAUUAUUGCAGACAUGCUGGCAAUUAGACAGAAUGCUCUUGGGCAUGUCCGAUAUGUCUUGAAAGAUGGAUUAAAAUGGCUUCCACUGUAUGGGUGGUAUUUUUCACAGCAUGGAGGAGUCUAUGUAAAAAGAAGUGCCAAAUUCAAUGAAAAAGAAAUGAGAGAGAAGUUGCGGGCCCAGGUGAAAGCUGAGACUCCAAUGUAUUUAGUGAUUUUUCCAGAGGGGACUCGUUACAACCCAGAAAUACCAAAAGUCAUUGCAGAUAGUCAGUCAUUUGCUGAAAAGGAAGGACUUGCUAUAUUAAAGCACGUGCUAACACCACGCGUGAAGGCAACUCAUGUAGCCAUUGACACCAUGAAGGACUAUCUGGAUGCAGUCUAUGAUGUGACUGUGGCUUAUGAAGGUACUGUGGACCACAAAGGGCAAAGAAAACUGGCACCAUCUAUGACAGAGUUUCUUUGCAAGGAAUGCCCAAGAGUUCAUAUUUUCAUUGAUCGAAUUGAACUGAAGGACAUUCCAGAAGAGCAGAUGUACAUGAGAAGGUGGCUCCAUGAGCGUUUUGAAAUAAAGGAUAAGUUACUAAUAGAGUUUUAUGAUGCAAAGGAUUCUAAAAGAAGAAAUAAAUUCCCUGGGAAAAGUGUUCAUUCCAAACUGAGCCUCAAGAAAACUUUGCCAUCUUUGCUGUUUUUAGGCGGCCUGACUGCUAGUAUGCUUCUGACAGAAUCUGGAAGGAAACUUUAUGUAAAAACGUGGAUAUAUGGGACUUUAAUUGGCUGCCUGUGGGUUAGCAUUAAACCGUAAGCAGAUGUUGUUCUCCAAUCAGUGAAAUGUGCAGUCUUUUCUUGCACAUUGCACCGAACUUUUUCCUGACUUUAUAGUAAGAAAAAAUGUAAAUAAAAAGCCUUAUUGAUUGAAAAUUGGAAACAAUAGAAUUUGUGACUUAAGCCUCUGUGUGGUUGGUCUGGGGAAAAUAAACGUAGAUUUUCAAAUUUGCUACUGAUCUUUGCAGAAUAAUGACAGAUAAACCGAGUCGUAUGAUAAAUUGCUUUCCCCAUGAAUUAACAUCCAUCUCUGUCUGAGGAUUUGGUGAAGUUAUGCAUAAGGGUGUCUUAAGUGGACCUGUGAAUGUAUUUACAGAUAAUAAUUUAGGGUAUAUAUUUAUUCUUCAGAUACUUAUGUUGAAUUUUCAUUACUCUUUGGUGCAUUGCAGCAGUUAAGUUGCAUCUGUCCCAGCUGUAUCGCAACUAAAAUCAAAACUUUUUUUUUUUUUUUAAUUUUGCUUUUCAGUUUUAGCUAAAUACUGUUUUUUAAAAGGGACUAUGCAAGCUGGCAAAUUAUGAGAUGUUACCUGAAGCAGAAAAAAACGUUCUUGAGAACUACAGUUCAUGGGGAAGAAGCUCCGUUUAUCUAGUGCAUGAUUUUUGACUAUAUUGCAGUAUUAGCUGAUUAUUUGACAUAUGCAAAACAUGAAAUUUUACUGAGCAAACAGCUUAUUUUGAGCACCCUGUAUCUGUGCAUAAAAGUAAUGUAUGCAGUAUAAUGAAUGACAUCUUAAGGUUUUUUUUUCUGGCCUAACCAGACUGUAGCCUACCCACAUCUGCAUUAUCCCUAGCACCUCAAGACUUCCAGCUGAGCUCUCAGACCUUUCAUGUGUACGUGCCAUGAGUAGAAGUUUCCUGUUACCUCACGAUUUUCUGGAAGCAAACUGUGUCAUUUGAGUAAUGCAUGGAAUUACUGUAACUUCAGGAGUGUAAGGGUAUGGUAAGGAGGAACCUUCAGAUGUUCCUGCUAAAUCUGAAGCAUGUGCCUUUUCCCACUAAUCUCAUUUAACCUGGUGUUUCAUAACCUUCUGUCUUCUCCAUGCUGUAGUCUCACAUGAGAUUCUCCAAUUAUUCUAGGCAAUGCAGGCCGCAGUAGGAUUGAAGUUACAGGGUCAACGUAUGUGAUUUGCACAGUAGAGUGGUAGUGGAAGAAAUCACUAUCCUAUCAGUAUUUCACCUGCUUGAAAACACACUCCUAAAAGCAAAAGCGACACAUCCUUAAUACCAGCAAGUCUGCAAUUCCCAUGGCUGAUACUUUAGUUGGGAAGCAACAUUUCCUGGUAUCAAGGGAAUAAUCUGUAUGUACAGUGAUGGAGUAGGAAAGAGGAUGUACUUUACCUUCUUCCAUUAGGGAACUGGACUCCCUAUAUAAAAAUGAAAGAUCUAGAGAAUAUUUUUGUAUCACUCUUGCAAGCUUUAAAUGUGCAUCUCUUUUUAGCUUCAGUGCAAUUUGUCUUGUGUUAGAGUCCAUCGUGAGUUAAAUGUCUCUUAGAAUUAUAACUCAGUUUUUCAGAUUCCACCAUUGCCAGUUAAAGAUACUGCAUUUACUGUGUGGGGUUUUUUUGUUGUUGUUGUUGGUUGGGGGUUUUUUUGGUUUUUUGAUUGUUGUUGGGUUUUUUUACAGAAUUUUAUUGAGUAAUAAUUGCAGUUCCACCUUAAACUCAUUUGGUACAACUUUCAGUUUGCAGUUCUGUGUCCUUCCAUAAUGGAUUUUGUCACUGGAGUUAUUUAUAUCAGUGAUUGAUUCAGGAUAUGUUGAUGAACCAUUUUAAAAACAAUGACUGGGAACAGUGUUGAAAAACAGUAUUGUUAUGAAGCUGUGAGACCAGACAAAAAAAAAAAGCCAUUUUAUGUAACAGCCAAAUGUGCUCACGUGUAGUUCUUCCUAUUCUCAGCUGACUGCUUUGAGUGGGUAAACCAGAAGCCAGCAUUCCUAUGCUAGUGUGAUUUUAAAUCACAGACUGAAAUUUUACUCUGACAUAACUAAAUUUCUUUGUAACAUCUAAGAAUAACACUUAAUUAUAAAUCAAAAAUAAAUGCAAACUGCUUAAUUCAUUUGUAGAAAAAUAACUGCUAUUUUGAAGAGACUGAUUACCAUGAAAUACUGGAUUUCUCUUACUGUUUAAGUAUCAAGAAAAUAAUUGACACAGUGCAACAAACAGGAUGUUUAUUUUGAACUUUAUUGUCUAUGUUAAUCUUAAUUAUUUUUUUCCUUGUCAUUAAUUUAUAAAGUUUUGAAACUGUUAUUUGCUGAUGUAUUUGGCAUUGGGAGUAUCACAUGCUAUUUCUAAAUAUGCACUGAUAUUAACUUGAAAUAUUUCUUCAUUAAAAUAAGAAGAGCCAACGCUCAUUCAACUUUUC